AUGGCUAAAACUACUACUAAAGAGCCAAAGGCUGCCAAGACUUCAUCCAAGAAGACUGAGGUCAAACCACCAACUCCAACUGUCAAGAAAGCUGCAGUUAUCAAGCCGGUCCCCGUCACAAAAGCUAAAUCCAAACAGACAGUUAAGCCAACCACCACCAAGGCCAAGGCAACCCCAAAGCCAGUCAAGAAGGCUGCCACUCCAUCCGAGAGCGAUUCCGACUCUGGAUCCGACUCCGAAUCUGAGGAAGAGGCAAAGCCAGAGCCAGUUAAGGCUGCCAAGGCCGGAAAGGCUGCCAAGGUCGUUGAGAAGAAAGAGGUAGAAUCCUCCGAAUCCUCGGCAUCAUCUUCUUCUGAAUCUGAGGAUGAUUCCGAAUCUUCUGAGUCCGAAACUGACAUCAAACCCGUCGCAAAGCCUGCCAAGAAGGCUGCUGCUUCUGACAGCGAGGAUAGUGACGACUCAAGCGACUCCGCAUCUGAGGAGGAGGCUAAGCCAGUAGUUGCUGCCGCCAAAAAGGUUCAAAAGGUUGUCGAAGCCACCAAGGCUAAGGUCAACGGUGCUGCUAAGGUAGUUGCCAAGGCUACUGAGGAUUCUGAUGAUUCCGAUAGCUCCGACUCCGACAAGGAAGAAGAGAAGAAGGCAUCUGCAUCUGGAUCUGACUCCGAUUCAUCCGACUCCGACAGCGAUGAUGCUAGCGAAGCCGAAGCCGAAGCACCAUCCAAGAAGCGCAAGGCUGAGGAGGAACCCGAAGCAUCUGCUAAGAAGACCAAGACCGAGGAGGUUUCUGCUGAUGAAUCUGGCGUCAAGAACUUGUUCGUCGGUAACCUUAGCUGGAACAUUGAUGAUGAGUGGCUCUACCGUGAGUUCGAAGAGUUCGGAGAGAUCACUGGUGCUCGUGUCAUCAGCGACAAGGCCACUGGACGCUCCAAGGGAUUCGGAUACGUUGAGUUCGCCAAGGCAUCCGAUGCUGCUACCGCUCUUGCUGCCAAGAAGGGUGCACUCAUCGAUGGUCGUGAGGCCAACGUUGACUUCUCCACUCCACGUGAUAACACCGCACCAAAGGAGCGUGCUAACACUCGUGCUGCUCAAUUUGGUGAUGCCAAGAACCCACCUUCCGACACUCUUUUCCUCGGUAACCUUUCCUUCGAUGCUGAUGAGAACGUUGUUGGUGAGGCUUUCGGUGCGCAUGGCACUGUUGUCAACGUCAGACUUCCUACUGAUCAGGAAACUGGCAACCCUAAGGGAUUCGGAUAUGUUACUUUCAGUUCCCAAGAAGAUGCCACCACAGCAUAUGAUGCUAUGAUGGGUGCCGAUAUUGCCGGUCGUCCAGUUAGACUCGACUAUGCUACUCCUCGUCCAGAGCGUAGCGAAGGCGGUGGCUUCGGCGGUGGCCGUGGCGGUGGUGGCCGUGGCGGCGGACGUGGUGGUGGACGUGGUGGAUUUGACCGUGGAGGAGGACGUGGAGGUGGACGUGGUGGCGGACGCGGUGGUGGAUUUGACCGUGGAGGAUCCCGUGGUGGACGUGGAGGCAGCACUAACCGUGGUGGCUUCGGUGACUUCAAGGGAAAGAAGAUGUCUUUUGAAUAA